AUGGUGGGUGGGCGGGCGCGGGGCUCCGCAAGUGCCCCCUGGCCGGGGAGGCCCCGCUCGCCCCGUCGGGGCUCCUCACAUGGUCCGGCGGGGCCCCCCCGCCACCCGCGCCCAGCCCGGCCCGGCCCCGCCGCGAUCCGCCCCGGCCGCCGGCUCCUCCUCCCGCGGCACCGCGCAGCGCCGGGAUCCCUCCGGGAGCGGCCGCCGAGCCCCGGGACGCGCCGGCAUCGGGCCCGGGAUGUCGCCGCGAUCAGCCGCGGCCCCGCCGGGAGUUCGCUCGGCACACGGCGGGAUCGCCGCCGCGACCGCCGAGGCCACAGCGGGCACCGGCACCGGGAUCAGCCGCGGUGCCACCGGGACUUUCUUGGGGCCAUAUUGGGAUCAUUCCAGGGAUCGCCGAGGGCGCGGCAGAAUCAGCCUGGGUGUCACUGGGAUCCCACCGGGAUCCAGGAAGGGGUCAGCGGGGCACACCGGGAUCAGCCCGCGGGACUGCCGGGAUCUCCUCCAGGUCAGCCCUGCACCACCAGGAUCGUCUCCAGGUCAGCCCUGCACCACCAGGAUCUCCUCCAGGUGAGCCCUGCACCACCAGGAUCUCCUCCAGGUCAGCCCUGCACCACCAGGAUCUCCUCCAGGUCAGCCCUGCACCAGCAGGAUCUCCUCCAGGUCAGCCCUGCACCACCAGGAUCUCCUCCAGGUCAGCCCUGCACCAGCAGAAUCUUCUCCAGGUCAGCCCUGCACCACCAGGAUCUCCUCCAGGUCAGCCCUGCACCACCAGGAUCUCCUCCAGGAUCACCAGGACCAUACCAGGCUCACUCCUGGGAUCACCAGGGCCGCAACAGGAUCUCACCAGGAACACAUGGGAGAUCGCCAGGGCCACACCUGGAUGAGCUGCAGGACUGCCGGGAUCACCAGGGCUGCACCUGGAUCACUCAGGGACAGGUCAUUUCCCAUCUUCCCAGUCCCUGGGAGAGCCCCUCCAUGGAAUGGUGCCGGAGCACUUCAGGAGACCCAGCUGCUUCCGGGAUGCCUGUUCACAUGGAAUCCUCCAAACCACAUUUACAGCUUCCAAUAUUGAGAUUUCUGAGAUUUUCCCAGAUUUGGGAGCAUGGUGUGGGCAGGAGGGACCCACAGGGAUGAGGUGGGAAGCAGAGGAGGGGUGGAUAUAGGGAAGGACAAAGGAAGGUUUAGUUCCAGUCCUGUGGAAGCAUUUUCCUGGGAAAUCCAGCCUGGCCUGAAUUCCCAGCAGCUUUUGGAACCUCUGGAAUUGGAUCAUUACAAGGAAAAGGUGAUUUCUGGAAUGUUCUCCAGUGCCCUCCCAGGGCCCAGGUGCUGUUACGGGGACAGAAGGAAGCUCCAACCAAUUCAAGCAAACUGAGCACCGUGGGUCCUUUCACUUUGCCAGUUCCCCAUGGAACUGGGGGUGGCCUGGGGAAAAUCCGGGAUGCCUGAAUUUGGGACGCUCCUGCCAUGGCUGGCGCUGGUUUUGGCAGCGGGAUGUUCCUGACAGCUGGGGGCUGUUGACUUUGGGGCUUUCAGCAUUCUCCUCCCAGAUCCCAAAUCCUUCUGAGGCAGCUGGAGGGGCUCAUCCUGGAGAGGAGGAGGCUCAGGGGGCACCUUCUGGCUCUGGAAUUCCCUGGAGGAAGGCUGGAGCCAGGAGGGGCCGGGCUCUGCUCCCAGGGAACAGGACAAGAGGGAACAGCCUCAAGGGGAGGCUCAGGUGGAUAUUGGGAAUGUUCUCCUGGAAAAGGCUCUCCAGCCCUGGCCCAGCUGCCCAGGGCAGGGGUGGAGUCCCCAUCGCUGGAGGGAUUGAAAAGCCCUGUGGAUGUGGCACUUGGGGACAUGGUCAGGGUUGGGCUUGGCAGUGUUGAGGAAUGGUUGGACUUGAUCUUGGAGGGCUUUUCCGACCAAAACCAUUCCAUGAUUCCCCAGAAAUGAAUCUUUGUUUCGUUCCCUUCUCCAGGCAGAUCCAACAGGCCAAGCCAUGACUAUGACUUGUUGCUCCAAUGGGAACAACAGGAAAGCUGCAGCUCGAGCACCAGGAAAGAGGGAAUCUGGAGCAGCCUGGGUUAUCCACAGCAGCCUCUGUGCUGUGAUCCUGCCUUUUCCAGAGGCUCAGGAAAACAAGUGGUGCUGCUGGAACUGCCUGGCUCGUGUCCUGUCCAAACAGCGGCAUCGAUUCCCAGUAACUCCCUGCCUGCCCAAAGGUUGCAAGCCGGGACCAGUCCGGGUUUCCUGUGCAUUUUCUGGAGGGCCGCCAUGGUCCUGUCGAAGGUUUGCUGGGGACAGGGAACACAAAGGGA